AUGCCCAAACCUUGUCUCUUCCUUUUCUUCUUCCUCCUCUUCAACCCUCCGCCGCCCACUUCCGCCGCCGCCGAAUCCCUCCUCCGAUUCCGAUCCUCUCUCACCAACGCCACCGCAUUAUCCAACUGGAACUCUUCCGUCCCUCUCUGUGCCGACGCCCGCCGCUACUGGGCUGGCUUGAUAUGCAAAAACGGGCAACUGUACGGACUCCGCCUCGAGCACAUGGGCCUCGGCGGCACCGUCGACGUCGCCCCGCUGGCGGAGCUCCCAACGCUGAGGACUCUGAGUCUGAUGAACAAUGGGCUUCAAGGCCCAAUGCCCGACGUGAAGCAAAUUGGGGCGCUCAGGGCUUUGUAUCUGUCGGAUAACAACUUUUCCGGUUGGAUUUCUGGGGAGGAGUUUGAAGGAAUGGGGAAUUUGAAGAAACUGUAUUUGGGCCGGAAUCGAUUUUCCGGCGAGAUUCCGGCGUCGUUGGUGAAAUUGAAGGGGCUGGUUGAUUUGGGAUUGGAAGGUAAUUUGUUCGCCGGAAGGAUUCCAGAUUUUGAGGAAAGGGAUUGGAAGUAUUUGAAUUUUUCUGGAAAUCGUUUGGUGGGGCCCAUUCCUUCUGGGUUCAAGAACUCCAAUUUCACUUCGUUUUUUGGCAACAACGGGUUAUGUGGAGAGCCACUAGCACCAUGCAAAUCAUCCACAAAGAACUGGUCGAUUCUCAUCGGAGUAUUCUCCGCCGCCGCCGCCGCCUUAAUCCUCUUUAUCCUCCUCCUCUGCUGCUUUCUCCGGCCACCCAAAUUGUUCUUCUCUCCGAAAAUCCUCUUCAGAAGGCCGGAAAAAACCCACCAAUAUUCCUCGACAGACUCGGAGGAUAACUCGAAGACGAACGGUCCGACCGGGUCGGCUUUGGGCUUUCUACGAACCGACCAGCCGCGGUUCGACCUCCAAGAACUUCUUCGCGCCCAGGCCAUAGUUCUCGGCAGUGGGAGCUUCGCGUCGUGUUAUAAAGCAGUGCUUUCAAACGGGUUGGCGGUGGUGGUGAAGAGAUUCCGGCAAAUGAACGCCGCCGGAAAAGACGAGUUUUACAGCCACAUGCGGCGCCUUGGACGGCUGUCUCAUCCCAAUUUACUGCCGGUUGUUGCGUUUUAUUAUGGGAAGGAUGAUAAGCUUUUGGUGUCCAAAUUUGUUCCUAAUGGCAGCUUGGCUACUCACCUCCACAAUACAGGUCUAAACUGGAGGCGGAGGAUAAAAAUCAUAAAAGGAGUAGCUAGAGGUCUAUCGUAUCUCCACAAAGAGCUCCCAAAUUCGAGCGUCCCACACGGCCAUUUAAAAUCCUCCAACGUCCUUCUCGACCAAGACUUCACUCCAAUUCUAUCCGAUUAUGCCCUUUUCCCUCUCCUCCAAGAAUCCCACGCCUACCACCACAUGUCGGCCUUCAAGUCUCCAGACUUCGCUGCCUAUCACGACCGCACCUCGAAAUCCACCGACGUAUGGAGCCUCGGAAUUUUGAUCCUCGAGAUUCUCACUGGCAAGUCCCCGGCCAACUAUCUCCACCAAGGCAAUGGCGCCAACGCCGACCUUGCUGCUUGGGUUGACACCGUCGUCCGAGAGGAAUGGACAGCGGAGGUGUUCGAUAACGAUCUUGUUGGCCGAGGACGUGGGAAGGAGGAGGAUGGGCGUUGGGAUUGCGGUGAGAUGUUGAAGCUUUUGCAGAUUGGGAUGUGUUGUUGUGAGCGGGAUAUUGGGAAGAGAUGGGGAUUGAAACAGGCGGUUGAAAAAAUUGAGUUGAAUUUGAACGAGGACGAGGAUGACGACGAGUACUAUUCUUCUUACGGGAGUUUCUAUUCUAAUUCUUCUAACUUCAAAGCGACCGUUCCCGAGGACGAAUUUUCCUUUUUGAGCUAG